AUGUUAUCAGCUGCUCCUAAACCAACUCCACAAAAUAAAAAACAAUCAUUUUAUAAUAAAUUAUGGUGUAUGGUUUGUAGAAUUCAAGAUCCAGAUAUUAUUGAAGAUUAUGCAAAAGGAGAUUUAAUUUGUAGAGGAUGUGGUGUUGUUGUUGGUGAUCGUAUUGUAGAUGAACAUUCCGAAUGGAGAACCUUUUCCAAUAGUGAAAGUACAGGAGCCGAUCCAAAUCGUGUUGGUGGUCCAAUUAAUCCUUUACUUCGUGAUUCAGCAUUGUCUACAACAGUUGGUAAGGGUUCAAAAGAUUCAGGUACAUUAACUCGUCUUCAAAAUAAGAGUGCUUUGGGUACUGGUGAUCGUAAUUUGUUAGCAGCUUUCAAAGAGAUUGGUCGUAUGGCCGAUCAUAUGAACCUUCCACAAACAGUUCAAGAUCGUGCCAAUGAAUUGUUUAGAUUUAUGGAUGAUAAGAAAUCCACCAAAGGUAGAUCUGUCGAUGGUAUGGUCGCCGCCGCUUUAUAUAUAGCCUGUCGUCAAGAGCAUCUCUCACGUACCUUUAAGGAGAUUGCUGCGUUGACCAAUGUUCCAAAGAAAGAGAUUAGCAGAUGUUAUAAAAUUAUGAAAGAAACCUUUGCUAGUGUAUUGAAUCUUCAAACCAUCUCCUCUGAAGAUUUCACAAGUCGUUUCUGUUCAACUCUCAAAUUACCAAAUGACGUAAAGAAAGGCGCUGAACACGUCAGUAAAAUGGCCAUGGAUAUGGGUAUUGUUGCAGGUAAAUCACCAAUCUCUGUAACUGCUGCCUCAAUCUAUAUGGUCUCUCAAUUAUCACCCGAGAAGAGAACUCAAAAACAAAUCGCUGAUGUUAGUGGUGUAUCUGAGGUAACCAUUAGAAAUGCUUACAAAGAUCUUUACGCUAAAAGAGAUCAAUUAAUUCCUUCCGACUCUCCUUAUUUCAGUCAAGUUCAAUAUUUACCAACAAAUUAA